GGCUAAUUACAGCAUGUGUGUGAAUAAGUCAGUAAUGAAAAACAGUUGAAAAGAGAUUUAGGAGCAGCAAAUUGGAUAGGAAAGAGCAAUUCAAAUCAGGUGGCAUUUAGGCCUUUGAAGGUAGGUAGCUCUCCUCCCACCACCCCCUUCAAUUAAGGUAAUAGGCAGCAGCUCUGAAAUAAAUGGAGAAGCUCGGAUGAACCUGAACCAACUUGACCAGGAGAAAGAAGGGGCAGAUGAAGGUGGAAGGCAGAAUAAGGACACAAGCAAACUAUACCAGGAUAUUUUGCGCUAAGCCUGGACAACAGAUGGAGCGCUUUGUCCGAGUUCCCCAGGGCCUGUACCAGGGAACACACUAUGGGAACACAUUGCCUUUGGGCCAGCCUGGACUCUCUGACCACCAACAGCCUGACUGGAGGCAAAACACUGGUGCCCCCACUUUCCUGGCCAGGACGGGGCUGGUGGUGCCCACGAAUGCCUGGGCCUACUGCACUGACCCUUACAAGAGGGCACAGCUUAAGGCUAUUCUCUCCCAGAUGAACCCCAGCCUGGGCCUGAGGCUGUGCAAGGCCAACACCAAGGAGGCCGGCGUGCAGGUGAGCCUACGUGUGGACAGGGCUGUGCAGUGCUCGCUGGGCCCUCUCACCCUGCGCAGCUGCUCUUUUUGGGGCUGCAGGGGCCCCAAGGCACCCCUACCAGCCUGGGACCUCUAUUCACCAGCAAUGGACCUCAGGGACUUGAUCCGGCUGCGGAAGGAUGGAAAGGAUGAAGAGUGGGAUGCUCUUUCCAGUCCCGCAGAGGAAAGCCAGCAGCAGCAGCAGAAGUCAUCACCACUGCCAACAUCACAAGAGGACAAGCAGGCGGAACGCUGGCAGCAGGACAAGUUGGGGGCGGAAGAUGCCUCUAGUCCUGGGCGGAGCAAGCAGGCCCAGGGAGAUGCCCACCCUCUCAGGAAACCCAGCUUCCAGUUUUUGGAACGAAAAUAUGCCUAUUUUCACUGUAAGGAUUGUAAGACUAGAUGGGAGAGUGCUUAUGUGUGGUGCAUUUCUGGAACUAGUAAGGUUUAUUUCAAACAACUCUGUUGCAAAUGCCAUAAGAGUUUUAACCCUUAUCGGGUAGAAGCAAUCCAGUGUCAGACUUGUUUAAAGUCCCAUUGUUCCUGUCCUCUAAAGAAAAGAAACAUCGACCUAAGGAGACCUCAUCGACAGGAACUAUGUGGCCGCUGCAAAGACAAGAGAUUCUCCUGUGGCAAUAUUUACAGCAUUAAAUACAUCAUGUGACAGACAGUAUGAUUUGUAUAGGUCACCCCAGCCCUUCUUGUCACUUACUGUACUGUUUCUUUUUUGUACCUUAGCUCUGACUGGGUUUUGGAAAAUGAAUUAGGCUUUUGUACU